AUGCCUCACGUGGCAGAGCUGGUAGAAAGGACAGGGGACACUCGAUAUAUAUCGAACCUUGACCUGGCAAAGGGGUACUGGCAGAUUCCAGUAGCCAAGGAAGACUGGCUGAAGACAGCGUUCGGCACCCCGUGGGGACUGAACGAGUUCUUUAGAAUGCCCUUCGGGUUGCAUGGCGCCGCCGCAACGUUCCAACGCCUGAUGGACCAGAUCCUGGCACCCCAUGCCGAGUAUGUGGCGGCGUAUAUAGAUGAUAUAGUUAUAUACACCCGAACCUGGGAGCAGCACAAGAGCGCCCUUCGAGCCAUCCUCACGGAAUUGAGGCACGCUGGCCUGACGGCAAAUCCUCAAAAGUGUGCCCUGGCUUAG